UAUUGAUUUUCAAAAUCGCUCUUUACAUUUGUACUCAUUUUUGUUUAUUCCUACUUGCUCACUGUAAGUUGUUCAAUUUCUUUCUUCUCUGUUUGGCUCUCGAGAUAAUUAGGUUAUGAGACUAUGAAGAACUCAUAUUUAUCUUUGCAUUCAAUUACAAUAAGUUGAAUUGCAAAGUUAAGGGUUUAAGGCAUUUAGGUUGUUGAGCUUAUUAAGAUGAAAACGAGAGCAUCUUCUAGGAUAAAUGUCCAGCAAGUCUCGUUUGAGCUUAAGCAUAAAGUGAUUCUUGCGCUCAACAAGCUAGCUGAUAGGGAUACUUAUCAAAUAGGGGUUGAUGAGCUUGACAAAAUGGCUGAAUGUUUAACCCCUGAUAAGAUUGCCCCAUUUGUUUCUUGUAUACUGGACACUGAUUCUGAACAAAAAAGUUUAGUUCGGAAGGAAUGCAUUAGAUUGAUAGGCGCAUUAGCAAGGUUUCACCAGGCUCUAAUGGGACCACAUCUGAGCAAGAUGGUUGCUAGCAUAGUUAAGCGACUCAAGGACUCAGAUUCCAUAGUGAGGGAUGCUUGUGUGGAAACAAUGGGUGUUUUGGCUUCAAAACUGAGUAAUCGUGGUGAUGACGGUGAUGGGGUUUUUGUUGCAUUAGUGAGGCCGCUUUUUGAAGCUUUGGGUGAACAAAAUAAGUCUAUGCAGUUUGGUGCAGCAUUGUGCUUGGCAAGGGUUAUUGACAAUAUCCACGAUGCUCCAGUUUCAAUUUUGCAGCGAAUGCUGACUCGAACCAUAAAGUUGCUUAAGAAUCCUCACUUUAUGGCAAAACCAGCUGUAAUUGAGUUGAACAGAAGUAUUAUUCUGGCAGGGGGUGCUGCUACUAAAAGUGUUCUAUCAGCAGCAAUGACUAGUAUCCAAGAUGCUCUCAAAAAUAGUGAUUGGACAACACGCAAAGCUGCUUCUGUAGCAUUAGCCGAAAUUGCUUCAAGUGGUGGAUCGUUCUUGGGAAGUUUCAAGGCUUCGUGCAUUUCUUCGCUUGAAUCAUCUCGUUUUGACAAGGUGAAACCAGUUAGGGAGACAGUGCUGCAUGCCCUACAGUACUGGAGAGGUCUUCCAGGGCCUGAUACUCCUGAACCUUCUGAAGCUGGAUCUUCUAUAAAAGAAAAUUUCGGUGGAGGUAACUUCAGUGGUCUUACAAGUCCCAGUGACUUUGGAAUGAAGGAUUCGUCACGCAAGAAAGUUGUCACAGACUUGGCCAAUAGAAGGAUUCCUCUGUCUGCAAGGAAAGUAUGCCAAAGUUAUAUGGAAAACUCUCAACAUUCUAAAGCAGAUAAUUGGCAUAUUGAAAUUGCUGUUCCAAAAACCCAUAAUGUCCCUUUAGCAGAUAUUCACAAUGAAGAAUCUGAGGGUAGUUGCGUUACAAAGACCGUAGAAAGGAUUAGCACUGAUGUUACAAGUAUGCAAGAUAUUGAAAAUGAAUACAUGCCAAUGGAUGAUAAACAAGAGUGUUCUUCUUCUGUCUCAAACCUUGUUACUGAGAACUUUGAGACCAAGUUUGUGACAGUCUCUCAUGAAUGUCUUGAAGAGGGUGGUUUGCUGAAGCCCAUGGUAAGAAACCAAUGUUUUAGACCUGAAGACAUUGGUAGUGAGGAACGUAUACAUUCUGCAAAGAUGCGAGAUUGUAGAAGUCUCGACUCUACAGUCACAGAAUCUUGUUCCCAAACUGUAGGUGGGUGUUGUUCGCAGAUGGAAAAUGAAAUGGCAUGCAUUCGGAAACAGCUUUUGGAGAUUGAAAACAAACAAUCAAACUUAAUGGAUAUACUACAGGUGUUCUCAACUGGCAUAAUGGAUAGUUUAUCGAUGCUGCAGUCCAAGGUGUUAGGUUUAGAGCAUGUGGUAGACAAAAUAGCUCAGGAUCUUGUACAUGGUAGGAGGCAUUCAGACUUAGCAAGCUCUAAAUUUAUCAAGCAUAACCAAAGUGUUCCUUCUCCCAGACUCUCUACAUGCUCUCCUAGGCCAUCUUUAGAUAUUCGUAAUAAACACUCAUUGAUUGCUGUGAAGAAUUCUGAGAUUUGGGAGGAAAAAGGACUUUGUAGGAGCAGAUCAACUAAUUCUGCCAAAGAAGGUUCAGAGAUAUGGACUAACCCUACAGUAAAUGAUAGUAGAAACCUGACAGGGAAGGACAUCCACAGAAGCUCCAGGCUGGGAACACAGGCUGUGGGUCAAAUUAGAAAAACAAAUUCUGUCUUUGCUUCAGUUUCAAGUGCUAAUGCCAGAAUAAAUAAUUUAGAAAGCAAGAAUAGCUUGUGGCAGUGUGUGAAAGGAUAUCUAUGUCAAGGGGAUCUGGACUCAGCAUAUAUGGAAGCUCUCUGUGCUGGUGAUGAACUCAUUUUAAUUGAGCUUCUCGAUAGAACUGGUCCUGUUCUCGAAAGUUUGUCGCACAAGACCAUCAAUGAUCUUCUUAGUACUUUGGCAUCCUACUUCCUGGAACAAAGGUUCAUUAACUCUAUCAUCCCAUGGUUGCAGCAGGUGGUGGACUUAAGCACAAUUCAUGGACCAAAUCACCUUGUUCUCUCUACAAAAGCAAGGCGAGAAUUUUUAACUGCAAUUCAGGAGACUCUAAAAAUGGAAUUUUCUAACUCUGCAGAGAGAAGAUCUAUCACUCAACUGGCAAUGAAAUUGUGCCAAGUAUGGGGUAAGGAAACUUCUUUUUGGGGAAAUGCUGCUGAUGUUUAG